AUGGAAGGAACUUCAUCACCGUACACUAGCAUAGAAGACUAUGGCCUCGUGGGGGACAUGCACACCUGCGCCCUAAUUAGCAAAAGUGGCAGUCUUGACUAUAUGUGCUGGCCCGUCUUCGAUUCGCCCACCGUCUUCUGUCGCAUCCUUGACUCUACACAGGGAGGACACUUCUCCAUAUGCCCAAUACCGGAUAUCCAACCAAUCAGCAAGCAGAGAUAUCGACCGUACACUAAUAUGCUGGAGACCCGAUGGAUUGACGAACAGGGGGUGGUCAGUCUACUCGACUACCUGCCUGUAUCAAGUCACAAGUCGAGCUCUGAGUGGUGUAUUUGUGAUGACCCCAUUGCUCGAAAUGACCCGCAGAAACUGUGUCAUUCAGGCGUUGUUCGGAGGAUCGAAUGUGUGAGGGGUGAAAUGGAGAUGGAUUUUGAGAUCUUUCCUGCGUUCAACUAUGCAAGAGACCGACACAGCGGCCAUUGGAUCACUCCCCAGAACUCCAGCGGCUCGCUCAAGAAAUAUUCUUUCGAGAGCCAGACGCAAAGCUUGCACUUAACUAUCCAUUCUGGUGUCGACACUUCACUUGAGCCAGCUGAUGCCAUUUUCCCGGCGGAUCUAAAGCUCCAGGAGAAUCAAGGCCCAAAAGGGCCAGGACUCCAUGCCAGGGUGAAGUUGAAAGAAGGGCAAUCGAUCUCAUUUGUGCUGCACGACCCAGAAACAAGUCUUCCUGAGGGGAACUUCCUACAACAGUACCUGGAGAGACUGGAAAAAGAGACGCUGAACUUCUGGGUUAGCUGGAUCGCCCGUUGUACGUUUCGCGGUCACUACCGCGAACAGGUUGAGCGCAGCCUCUUGGUACUUAAGCUUCUCACCUACAAACCUACCGGAGCAAUCGUUGCAGCUCCGACGUUCUCCCUCCCCGAGUACGUCGGAGGGUCCCGGAACUGGGACUAUCGGUACUCCUGGCUCCGUGAUGCCGCUUUUGUCGUGUACGUGUUUCUCAAGAACGGCUACCCCACGGAAGCCGAAGCGUACAUCAACUUCAUCUUUGACCGCGUCUUCCCUCCAGUGAGGGAUAACGAAUGCGUAGCGGAUGCCCCAUUCUUACCCAUAAUGGUGACGAUUCAUGGUGAGAGCGAAAUUCCGGAAAGUGAACUGGAUCAUCUAGAGGGAUAUAAGGGCAGUAAGCCGGUGCGUAUCGGAAACGCAGCUGCGCACCAUAUACAGUUGGAUAUAUAUGGUGAGCUUAUGGACAGUGUCUAUCUCUACAACAAGCACGGACGACCUAUCUCCUAUGAGCAGUGGGUCGCCAUUCGACGCAUGAUAGCGCAUGUAAUUAGAGUCCGAAAUGAGCCCGACCGAUCGCUCUGGGAGGUCCGAGGGAAGAUGCAGAAUUUUGUCUACAGCAAGAUCAUGCUCUGGGUUGCGCUGGACAGAGCAAUACGUCUAUCGGAGAAGCGAUCCAAUCUACCGUGUCCUGAUGUGGAGGAGUGGAGGCGGGCGCGUGAUGAGCUUUACGAUGAGAUCAUGACGAAAGGCUACAACCUCAAGGGCAAGUAUUUUUGCAUGAGCUAUGAGUAUCAGGAUGUGCUGGAUGCAGCUGUUUUGAUUGCACCACUGGUAUUCUUCAUCGCUCCAAAUGAUCCCAGGUUCCUGCACACUCUAAAGAAGAUCAUGUGUUCCCCGGCCAAAGGGGGGUUAUCAGUUGCCAACAUGGUAUCCCGGUAUGAUCACACAAAGGUGGAUGAUGGUAUGUUAGACUACUACGAGGCUAGUUUUCCUACUGACUCCAAACCAGGAGUUGGUGGCGGCGAGGGCGCAUUCGUCAUGGUGACUUUCUGGCUAGUCGAAGCAAUGAUGCGUGUACGUCUUCGUACCCCCCCCGAGAAACAAGCAUUGACGCGGUACACAGGCCUCAAAAGCAAUGCCCUAUCAGGUGGAGGAUCCGUUCUACCCUCAACUGCGUAA